GUUUCUCAAAGGUUAGUUAUACUAGUAAUGGCUCCUCGUUCUCACACAGACUCAUUCACACGUGCUAUAAUUGUUACUUUAAAGUCCCGCUUUGUGGGCAAAUCAACGAGCCAGAUCAGCGAGAUCCUGGGUAUUUCCCCACGCACUAUCGACGCUAUCUUCAGCCGAGCCUGCCUUCGAGGCUUUGAGCCAAAUGGACCAACCCUAAAGGUUCUUCCUGAACACCUUGAAGAUGCUCCUCGCUCAGGCCGCCCACGUAAACAAGAGGCUAUCCAUGAACCUACUGUUGACAAAUCUCUACGGUUACGACGUCUCUCCUACCACGGUGUGGAGAGUCCUCAAGGCAGCAGGAUACAAGAAGACGAAGCCGACGAGGAAGCCUGGGUUGACGAAGAAGAUGAGACAAGAUAGACUUACCUGGUGUCUCGCUCGUCAGCACUGGACUCUUGAGGACUGGAAGAACGUUAUCUGGUCAGAUGAGACCUCUGUCGUACUGAACCACCGCCGUGGUGGGUAUCGGGUGUGGAGAAAGGCAGAUGAGGCUCUUACAAGAUCUGUGAUACGAGAGAGGUGGAAGGGAUACUCUGAGUUUAUGUUCUGGGGCUGCUUCACGUAUAAUUACAAAGGUCCCUUUCAUG